AUGAAUUCGUUAAUAUUACUAUUGUCUGUAUUAAUAUCAGUGUUAUUCCUUAAAAAUGUGUCAUCAAAAAGCUUAACAGAAGUUGUCUCCAGAGUGUAUUUUGGUGAAGAUCUUCGCCCACAAGAGCACAAACAUUUGGUUCGUCUAGAUAUUACACCUGGAUAUACUACAACUUUGUGCACUGGAUCGAUCAUAAGUCCUUAUCUUAUUGUGACUGCUGCUCAUUGUGUUUGCUUUGAAAGGCUUUAUUUUAAAGCAUUUAGUUACCCUAAUACAUUGGUGGGUCAAGGAACUUCUAAGUUAGCUCACCCAUAUUACAAGGCUGAUUGUGGAAGCCGCAGAGCAGUUUAUAAAGAUAUAGUAGUAGAUGUAGGGUUACUCAUAACUAAGAAUGCAAUAGCGUUUACUGAAUAUGUUCAACCGAUACCUCUGGGUAAAUCUGGAGAUGGAUUUGGAUAUACAGUAACAAUAGCUGGAUAUGGUGCAAAAGAAGACGAUUCCAACGUUCCGAAACAGGGUAAAGUAACUAUACAGAGAUGUUUUAAAAAACAAGACGUAUCACUUCCUGCGGCUAUGUGCUCGUAUGGGGAAAGACGACCAGGGUCAGGGGACUCAGGGGGACCAGUAGUACAUAAUGGAGUACUUAUAGGAGUAAUUUCCAGUGGCUCCUGCUCUCGUGAUACCUGCACCUCUUUCUAUACCCAGGUCGAUGUAAUUUUACAAUGGUUCAGCAGUAUGAAGUUGGUUAUUAAUAAGUAA